AUGGGCUGGUUCGACGGCCUCUUCAGCGGCGGAAGUGCCAGCACCGGCGGCUCCUCGUCCGAUCCGUUGGCGAAGCUCGAUCCGAAGCUGCGGGAUUUCCUCCAGAAAGAGUCGCCGCUCAAGUACCAGCAACAGGAGCAGCAGCAACAGAAGCAGCAGAAAUUACAACAACAACGACAAAACGCGACACAGCGACCGCACAACCCAUCACAACAGCCGACCGACGCCGACCCAUCACAGCCUACCGUUCCCUCCGAGAGCUUGUAUCAGGAUGGCCGCUAUGCCGACCUGUGGAAGACGUACCGGCCACUGGCUGCUGUGGAGGCCGACACCAAGUCCGAGCACGAGCGCCUGAUGGAUGUGCUGGACGCCUACAAGGACCGACGCGCGCAGAUUGGCCGGGCCGCGCUGGAGAACUGCGCGCUCGAGCAGAUUGAGUGGAACGAGUGCAUCAAACACGGCCCGCUGACCAGCCGCAUGACCAUGUGCAAUGCCGAGAUGAAGAAGUUUGAGCGGUGCUACAACAUGCAGUCGCGACUGCUCAAAGCCUUGGGCUAUCUCAACGCCUACGACCGCUCGCCCGAGAUGGACGAGCGCAUCCAGGUGCACGCCGACGCGCUAUUCCACCGCAUGCUCGAACAGGAGGCGGCCGUCGAAAAGGCCAAGGCGGAAGGCCGGCCAGUACCCGCGGUGGACUUUGCGAGCAACAUUACACUUCCCAAGGCCGCGGGACAAGCGGGGGCUACAACGACAUCCGUCACGGCUGGUGUGGCAUCACUCCCACCCAUUGGGUCCGACCCCAGCAUCCCCGAGGACCUGCGCAAGCAAUGGAGUGAGAAGCUCAGCAAGCUGCCCGAGGCGGAGCGCCCUGCCGAAGAGGCGGCGAUGCGUGCAGAACUGGCAGCGCAUGCCGAAAUGUCGGAGCGCGUGACAGUACUGCGGGCAGCACAGGCGGCAGCGCGGGAGCAACGCAAGGCCGAAGGCAAGGCGACAAUCAAAGACCGUGUGUCGGGCUUAUUUGGGCACUAG